AUGGUUGAACUAAUCCGUUUGCUUGUUGAAACUGGGCUUACAUUUGACACUCGUGCGACAAUUGUCAUCAUCUUUCAUUUGCUACCCAACCGCCAAGCUCAAGCAAAAAAGACGCCGGCCAGAUCCGCCACAAUGAAAUUUUCCUACGUACAGAUGCUGCCUGUUCUCCCAUUGUGCGGAUGUUGUUCAGAUCCGAGCAUGGCUAUCGCUGACUCGAUGUCUCACCGAGCUUUACGCAGCACAGACGUUUCGACUGUGUCGUAUGCGCCUGAUGAUGACAGCGUCUCGAUGAGAACAGUUUUGCAAUGUUUGUGGUUUUUGGCGUGGGCGAAGCCGCAAGAUUUAUUUAGUCUUUAUGGUCUCAAUGGAAAAACUCUGUACGAACUUUUUGAUAUCGACGAGUUUUUCACUUGGGUCUCUUCAAUGGAAACAGUUUACAAGGAGAAUGCGAAUAAGGAAAUAUUUGCCGUGUUUGAAGAGCUGUUCGACGAGAACGCCAUUGCAAAAGCGUUGGAUCUGAGAAAGCAUGAAAAUCUGGACGACAAAGCAGCGCAUCUUGUUGAGACGUUCCAGUCAGCUCAGUUUGAGAAGUGGGCUGAGCGAAGGUUGACCCCAGAAGACAUCCUCACCCUCUUGCAUGACGAGACCGAGGCCUCAUCUGAGACCACCCGCAUUAAGCAGUCGUAUAGAAAUUGGAUCGAACGACCAAUACUUACAUCCAGACAAAGAAAGAAAGACCCCUAA